UCAACAGCAGCCAUAUCAAGUGUGCAUAAAAAGCGGUGUGAAGUAAAUGCGGUCGGUGUACGACGUGCCUUUAUUUCGUGAUCGAAAGCAGAUUUCUCUUUGAUUACAGACAGGCGCUGAUGUUAUACAGUUGCGCUGGUGGAGUUGGUGAACGUUAUGUUUUCUUCAUGUGGAUAAUAACAGUACUAGGACAGUUUCUCGAACGGAAUAAUCAACCUAUACGCGUUUUAUGUCACAAUAAUGAUGUCUGGAAAGCAUUACAAGGGUCAAGAAGUCAGCUGCUGCAUCAAAUACUCUAUUUUUGGAUUUAACAUUAUAUUUUGGUUGGUGGGAGUGGCUUUCCUUGCAAUUGGAUUGUGGGCAUGGAGUGAGAAGGGAGUUCUCUCUAACAUCCACUCCAUCACUAAUAUGGGUGGAUUUGAUCCGGUGUGGUUGUUUCUGGUAGUAGGAUUUGUGAUGUUCAUCCUGGGUUUUGCUGGCUGUAUCGGUGCCCUGAGGGAAAACACAUUACUGCUCAAAUUUUUUUCUGUGUUUCUAGGGAUCAUCUUCUUUCUGGAGUUGACCGCUGGAGUCCUGGCCUUUGUCUUUAAAGACUGGAUUAAGGAACAGCUCGACUCUUUCAUAACCAAGAACAUACAAGCCUACAGGGACGACAUUGAUUUACAGAACCUCAUCGACUUUACUCAGAAUUAUUGGGCAUGUUGUGGUGUGUUUGGACCAGAUGACUGGGACCAGAACAUCUACUUCAACUGCACAAAAGAAAACCACAGCCGAGAAAGUUGUGGCGUGCCCUUCUCCUGUUGCCUUAAUAAUUCAACGGGAAUUAUCAACACACAGUGUGGUUAUGACGUUCGGAACGAAACUAUGAAAGCUGUGCGAAAGCAGCACAUUAAUGUUAAAGGCUGUAAGCAACAGUUUGAGAAAUGGCUACAGAAUAAUCUGACAGUAGUAGCUGGGAUCUUUGUAGGAAUAGCACUGCUUCAGAUAUUUGGAAUAUGCCUUGCACAGAAAUUGAUGAGCGAUAUUGAAGCAAUAAGAUCCAGCUGGGUGCCGCCCCCCGCUUACAUCGUUCGUCGCCCCCCGUCCCACUCCAGCAAGAAAGCCUCAGUGUACUCCUGAGGCGCUCACGUGUUUGUUCAAUUGAAGUGGCAGCUGGUCAUUCAGAUCUACAGUAUGCCAGCAUGUUAACGUAGCAGCUGAGGAUUGGCCAGGAGCAAUGUGUCUUCAGUAAACACCGAUUUAACUUGCACCGUCUGUAAAUACAGCUAUGUUUUGUGUCAAAAAAUAUGUAUAAAUGUAAGAAAACGUGUGUGUGUGCGUGUAUUUGAGGGUCUGUGAGAAAGUGUCUUUUUGUUUUUUUAGUCUUAUUUGUAAAAUGUCUCCUUUUUUAUUUGUAAAUCUCUGGUUUCAACAUGCAGUUAUUACAUUAACAGCGAAGAGUAAAAUCUAAUGCACUGGUGUAAGAAAAUGAAUUUAAAGAAAUUUAACCGUAAGUUAAUAUUUUUUAAAUGAUGUUUGCACUAUUACAUUAGACAAGAGACCCUCAAAAAUUUUCUUAUAAAAUAUUUAGUUUAUCAUAAUGGGAAAUGCAUACCAUAACAGCAUUUGUAUGUAAAGAACUAAUCACUAUAUUUACUCAACAUGAAGUUUGUUAGUUUCAUCUGUAGGUUUUAGCACUUUUACAAAGCCACAUGGAUGGAUGUUACAACACUAUAAUGACUUACAUGGCACUUAUGUUUUAUGUUAUUUUACACUAAACAACUUUUAACAAAC